AUCGCCGCCGCUUUCGCUGGUUACACGUUCGCCUUCCAUUGUGGUGGCUUCGCUGGCGGUAUGAAUAGCGUGAGCCUCAAUGAGCUACGGUCGCAUGUGAAGGGUCUGCACAAAGAACGCUCCAAAGCCCGUUGCUUGAAUCUGAAACCACUGGACCGGGUGAACGAGCGGUUGACGUUUGAGAAGGAGCGAGAUUUGUGGUGGCACCAUGCAGAGUCGACAGAGGGGGCAAGCCCUGGUAAAAUGCACGCGGGGUUCAAUUUCAAGCAGAUUGAGAAGGAGCUGCGGCUCUCGGAAGAGCGCGAGUGGAUGAAGAAGCACAAAAAAGCCCGUCCGCACGAGUUUACGAUCGCCGAGAAGCGUAUUUUACGCGACUGGUUUGACCUGUUGGAUACGGACUCGUCGGGCACGGUCUCGACGGAUGAGCUGCAAGAGAUGCUGCUCACUCUGGGUCUGGCGUUCACCACAGACGAAUCGAACCAGAUCAUUCGAUCCAUCGACGCGGAUAGCAGCGGCUAUGUGGACUUUGAAGAGUUCGUGCUUGCGUUGACGCCGCAGCACGGCCCAGCCCACGCACGCCUGGACGACUUGGAUCGAUCGGCAUCCUUUACCGGGCUUAAGAAGAGCAUGGAGGCGCAGAGCCGAGGGCUGCUGGAUGCCAAGACUCAUGUGUCUAUUGAGAGGAGGAGAUUCCUUGUCAACGCUAUCAUGGAAACCACGUGCAGUACAGGCGUCGAAGGCACAACGGUGGACGGCGACGACCGGAAGCGGCGGAAACGAAAGAGCAAACUGCCGGUCAAUACAAAGUUGCGAUUGCAUGGCCUGGAACACGCCAUCACACGCAACGCGCGGUCCAGAAAAGCCGAUGGGGCUUCUGGUGGCGAUCUUUCAGUGGCGACGCGGCACAUCGAACUUGAAGCAGUAGCCAGGCAAGAAGCCCUGAGACGGGUGGAAGCGCGGCAAUACUUGCGUCAAGGCGGCUGUGUCAGCGAAGCUAGCACACACCACGACGACGAAGUGUCACAAGGAAGACUACGGCAUGCUUCGUCGCAUGCACAUGUAGACCACACUAUCCUUCCUCCUAUUUACAGUUAA